CAAAAUAGCGUAAAAAUUCCAAAAAAAAAGUCAUUAAUAGUGAAAACGUCAGUCAUGUUGGCUGUAGGCUUCGCACUAACACUCGGCCUCAUAAUCGCCGCUUACUACUGGCUGCGGCAACAUUAUCGCUACUGGGAAAAGCUUGGCCUACCGCACAUCCCAUCCACGUUGAUAGUGGGCAAUGUUUUCGAUUUGCUGCGUUACCGUUGGUCCUUUGGCGAGCACUUCAUGGCGCUCUACAAUGAUCCGGCCGCCCAAGGACACGACUUCGUCGGCAUCCAUGUGCUGCAUAAUCACGCACUGCUGCUGCGUGCGCCCGAGCUAAUCAAACGUGUGCUGGUAAGUGACUUUAGCACAUUCGGUAGCCGCUUCGAACGUAGUGAUCCGGUGGGCGAUGCCAUGGGUUCGUUGAAUUUGUUCUUUGCGCAAUACGACAUCUGGAAGGAGAUACACCAGAUAUUUUCACCGCUCUUCGCCUACGGCAAGACGAAACAAAUGUAUCCGCUACUGCAACAGGUUGGCUGUAAGCUGGAGCAAUACAUGGCCGCUUUGAAUUUCGAUGAAAAAACCGACUCGGUCAUUGUCGAGUUGAAGGAGAUGUGCGCACUCUACACCACCGAUGUCAUAGCUUCAAUAGCUUUCGGCAUCGAGGCAAAUAGUUUAGCAAAUCCCAAAGCUGAGUUCCGUCGCAUGUGCAUCGAAGUUAAUGAGCCACGCCCCAAACGCUUACUACACCUUUUCACCAUAUUCUUCGCGCCACAACUGGUCGGACGUGUAGGCACACAUUUGUAUUCGCCCGAGUAUGAAAAGUUCAUGCGUUCCUCCACUGAUUACGCGAUUGAGGAGCGUGUGCGUAGCGGCGCGCUACGCAACGAUCUGAUCGACAUAUUUAUAGCGUUGAAGCGGCAAGCGGACGGCAGCGCGAAAUCGGGUAUGAUGAAGGAACGCGAUUUCUUUGUCGCUCAAUCAGCUUUCUUGCUCUUGGCUGGUUUUGACACCUCCUCUUCGACAAUCACUUUCACGCUCUACGAGUUGGCUAAGCAUCCCGAAAUGCAGCGUCGUUUGCGCGCUGAACUGCUAGAGGCGCUGACAAAGGGUGGUGGAGAGUUGGACUACGACACCAUUAGUACGCUACCGUAUUUGCGUAUGGUCGUGGAUGAGGUGCUGCGUUUAUAUCCGGCUACUACAUUUCUAGAUCGGCGCUGUACUGCCGCGGAGGGUUACUUGUUGGAUAGCAAAAGUGGCUAUCGUAUACCAGAAGGUAUGCCAGUCUAUAUUUCAGUGCUCGGUUUACAACGAGAUGAACGGUUAUGGCCUAAGCCACUCGAGUUUGAUCCGGAGCGCUUUUCGCCGGAAAAUCGCGAGCAACAUAUACCUAUGAGUUAUAUACCCUUCGGCGCUGGUCCACGCGGCUGUACUGGCACUCUAUUGGGGCUGUUGGAAGUUAAAACGGGACUCGUACAUAUUUUAAAGAAUUACCGUGUAGAAACUUGCCCACUCACACCAACGGAAAUGACAUUCGAUGCGAAAGCAUUCGUUUUGGCACCAGACGGUGGCACUUAUCUGCGUUUCGUGAAGGAUAAGAUUUGCUGAUUUCAAUAAAUAUUCACUGCAAA